AUGAAAAUCGCAGUUAUUACCGAAGCGGGCGAAAUCCAUAAUAUAGAAGUGGACUCUCAAAUCGAAUUAGAAAAUCUUAAAGCUUUGAUUGAAGCUGAGACAGGAAUACCACCCGCUGAUCAAAUUAUUUCUUAUCAUGGUCAAGAACUAGCAGAUCCAAAAAAAACUCUUGAACAAUAUAACGUCCUUGAAAAUGACAUGUUGUUGAUUAGAAAAAAUCCAUCUCAAACCAUACCUAGAGAACAUAGAAUUAAUGCGACAGCAGAUCUAGAAAGAUCCUCAAAUUUCACGACAAUAACAUCAGAUGCGUUUGUUCAUACUCAACCUGAAUUAUUUAAUGCGGCAUUUACUGGACCAACACAAUUUGCCACAUUGGUCCGUCAAAUGAACCAACGUAGUCAACAGAUGCAACAGAAUAUCCAUAAUGAUCCUCUAAAUAUUGAUGAUCAGCGAAAGAUCGAGGAAGGAAUAAGAAUGGAAAAUGUUGAAAGAAAUAAACAAAAAGCCUUGGAUUUAAUUCCCCAGUUCUUCGCUCCAGUAGUAAUGUUAUACAUUGACAUUGAAGUAAAUGGGCAUCCAAUCAAAGCUUUUGUGGAUUCUGGUGCACAAAGUACUAUUAUGAGUCCUCAAUGUGCUGAAAAAUGCGGGAUUAUGAGACUGGUUGAUCAACGAUGUGCCGGACAAGCUAUAGGAGUCGGAACUGCCGAAAUUACAGGCCGUAUUCAUUACAUUGACAUUGAUGUUAAGAAUUUACCAUUAUCAUUGGAAUGCUCAUUUAUGAUUAUGCAGGCAUGCAUUGAUUUGAAAAAGAAAGCAUUGAUUAUCAAUGAUGUUGAAAUUCCUUUUCUGGCUGAACAUGAAUUGCCAGAAAGGGCUAUGCAUAUUGGAUAA